GAACGACUCCGCUCCUCUUUCUCAACCUGGAGACUGCGCAGAAAGCGGCGCGCAAAAGUGCGUGUGCAAGCAGAAAGUGGCCGAGGUGCGGGAUGUCCCGUUAGGAGGAGAAGCAGAGGCAGCGCGAGCGGACGCACGGACGGACGCGCAGCGGACAGCACCGAACCGAACCGAACCGAACCGCCGCUGACACGCAGCUCCUCCGGGAAAAUGGCGUUUCCGACGAUGUUUAGUCGUCGUCGGCUUGUUCUCAACUUGUUUCUGGUCCACUUCAUCGCCUUUGACGCAACGAACGCGGCCCCGUCGCCCAUUAUCAGGUUUCCCGGAGACGACUCCCCCGGAACAGACAAAGAAGUUGCUCUGCGCUAUCUGAACAAGUUUUAUGGAUGCCCACAAGACAGAUGCAACCUCAUGGUGCUGAAGGACACGCUGAAGAAAAUGCAGAAGUUCUUCGCGCUGCAGGAAACCGGGGAGAUCGACGCCAAAACCGUGGAGGUCAUGAAAAAGCCCCGCUGCGGCGUCCCGGACGUGGCCAACUACAACUUCUUCCACAGGAAACCCAUGUGGCAGAAGAAGGACAUCACCUACAGAAUCCUGGGCUACACGCCGGAUCUGGACGAGGAGGUCGUAAACGACGCCUUCUUCAGGGCCUUCAAGGUGUGGAGUGACGUCACGCCGCUGUCCUUCACCCGCCUCAUGGACGGCGAGGCCGACAUCAUGAUCAACUUCGGGCGCAACGAGCACGGGGACGGUUACCCCUUCGACGGCAAGGACGGCCUCCUGGCGCACGCCUUCGCUCCGGGGCCCGGGAUCGGUGGAGACUCCCAUUUUGACGACGAUGAGCAGUGGACUCUGGGAGAAGGGCAAGUGGUGAAGGUGAAGUUUGGCAACGCCGACGGGGAGUUCUGUAAAUUCCCGUUCCUGUUCAUGGGCACUGAAUACAACAGCUGCACGUCCCAGGGCCGCGACGACGGCUUCCUGUGGUGCUCCACCACCUACAACUUCGACGAGGACGGCAAAUACGGCUUCUGUCCUCACGAGCUGCUGUUCACGCUGGGUGGAAACGCUGAGGGCGCUGCGUGUAAACUCCCCUUCACCUUCCAGGGUGUGAAGUACGACUCCUGCACCACCGAGGGCCGAGACGACGGCUACCGCUGGUGCGCCACCACCGAGGACUACGACCGCGACAAAACCUACGGGUUCUGCCCCGAAACCGCCAUGUCCACCGUGGGCGGGAACGCGGAGGGGAGCCCGUGCGUCUUCCCCUUCACCUUCCUGGGGGACUCGUACGAUGCCUGCACCUCGUCCGGACGCAGCGACGGCAAGAUGUGGUGCUCCACCACCAAGAGCUACGACGACGACCGCAAAUGGGGCUUCUGUCCCGACCAAGGCUACAGUCUAUUCAUGGUGGCAGCGCAUGAGUUCGGCCACGCCCUCGGCUUGGAGCACUCCGACGACCCCGGGGCGCUGAUGUUCCCGGUUUACACCUUCGCCAAGGACUUCAGGCUGUCGCAGGAUGACAUCAAAGGCAUGCAGGAGCUCUACGGUGUGCCGACUGACAAGCCUCUGCCCACCCAGGGUCCAGUCACUCCCAUGGACAUCUGUAAGGAGCCAGUUGUCUUUGAUGCCGUAGCUCAAAUCAGAGGAGAGACUUUCUUCUUUAAAGACCGGUUCCUGUUCAGGUCGGUGAACUUCAGAAGCAAGCCCAGCGGCCCUGCUCUGGUGGCCACGUACUGGCCCGAGCUGCCCUCCAAGAUAGACGCUGCUUAUGAGAACCCCAUGGAGGAAAAAACAGUGUUCUUCUCAGGAAACCAGAUGUGGAUCUACAGAGCGGAUGAGUUGGAAAGAGGCUACCCCAAGAAGAUCGCCAGUCUUGACCUCCCCGCCGACCUGCAGAAGAUUGACGCUGCCUUCAACUUUAGGAAGAACAGGAAGACGUACUUGUUUGCUGGGGACAAAUUCUGGCGAUAUGAUGAAGAACAGAAGAAGAUGGACGCUGGCUUCCCUAAGCUUAUUGCUGAGUCCUGGAACGGUAUCCCAGAUGAAAUGGACUCUGCCUUCUCUCUUAAUGGCAUUGACUACAGCUAUUUCUUCAAAGGCAACCACUACUUCAAACUGGAGGACAGCAGCUUGAAGAUCGUCAAGUUGGGCGAAGUCACCAAGGACUGGCUCGGCUGUUGAGCGCCUCCGCAGCGUCCCUCGCCCGGCCGAUCCUGUGACGACACCCGGCCUCAUGAGGACAUAGUGUGACCCGCAACGUGGGGUCGCAGCAGCGGGCGCUGUUGUAAUUCUGCUGCACUUCUGUGGGACGUGCGCCCCCCCAGCCUGUAUAACCAGCCUCCAGCUUUGUACAAAGGCACCUCUCCACAGUUUUACACAGGCUAAACAUAGGCUACUGUAUAUUUCCUAUAUUACUGUGUGAUAGUGACAUAGUACGCGUUGUGCUGAUGCUGAUUCAUCACUUGCACCCCUGUUUUAUAGACAUCAGCUACGUCCUGACACACCGUGAGAUGAUGCCGGAGGUUUUUUUUUUUUUUGGCUAGUUUGAUUCUGAAAGACUGUUUUACACCACGUGAGCAGCUCACGUUCACAUUUCCAGUAUAUUAGCUGCAGUUUUAUAAGUGUGUCCGUUUUAAGUCAUUAAUUUUCUCAUUGUUGUGCUCUACAUUUUGUAAAAAAAUGAAUUUGCACAAUGUGUCUGACCGAAAAUGGUGCUUUAGAGGUAGCUUUUCGCAUAUAGUCCUUUUUAUAUGUAUAUCUAUACACAUUUUAUAUACAGCGUAACGGUUUUCAUGGCUCUACUUCAGAGUAGUAUUUUGCUUCACGUGGUUAGCACUUUUUAUAGGAGGGAACUUUGUAAGGAGGAGACAGAGGUUGUAUUUCCCUUCCACCGGUGGUACAGAAAGAUUAAAGGCACAGGUUGCCUCCAGAGGUGUGCUGCAUGAUGGAAUCAUGACGAGAAUAUCGCAGUAGUAUUGUUGAUUAAUCUUUUGUUAUAAUCUUUUUUUACAUUAUUUUUAUCAUGUUGUGUUUCGUGUUGAUUUUAAUGCUUGUGCACUUUGUUACUGUCACCAAUAAAGAUGGUCUAUACAUAA